UAAUACCGAAGAGUCGCACUUUUUUCUGUUCUCUCUUUUUUUUAGGGUUUACUCUUCGCUUCCCUCUUACACGGUCGUCGUAGUUCAACUACGGAUCUCUUAUGUUGUCUUUGGAACUGGGUGAUAUUUUUUGUCAGGUCCGUGUAAUUGGAUAAGUAAUCGGAGAUGGGUAGGGCUAGGGAAAUAUCUCGGUCCCCGUCUUACCGAAGGAGGUAUUCGCCAUCGCCGUCGCCGUCGCCGCUGGGGCAUAGCAGGUAUAGCCGCCGUAGCAGGAGAGAUAGAAGCCGAUCCCCUUAUACUUAUAGCAGGUGAUACCCUUUUAGUUACUCUUGUUUCUAUCUUAUUUAAGUGUACUUUAGGCAGAAUAGUUUUAUGAUUUUAUUUUAAUUUUUUUUAAAGAAGAUUCAGCUAAUAGUCGUGCAAAUUACAUGACCAAUUCGAUAAUAAACUGUAUGAAAAACAAGUUUAAACAUUACAUCAAAAAGUGUGUUGGUGGCAACGAAACAAAUCAGUGUACAGAAUUGUAUUGAAUGAAAAUAUAGCGUGAAGUUGCUUCUUUUUUCUUUUCUUUUUCCGCCAAACCUGAGUGUAGUUGAAUUAGGCUUCUUUUGAGUUUGUGUUUGAUGACUGAAAGAACGUUGGAGCAUAUAUCUUUUGCUCUUGAAUAUUCAGACUAAUAGAUCGUGCUGUCCUGGAAAGUAUAAUGUCCUCCAAUGAAAAAGCUUAGGUUUUUCCGUUUGCUUAGAUUGCCUUCACGUCAUGAGAGCCUUUCUGGAUGAUCAUGACCUAAGCUACUAUAAAUGUUGUGUAUAAUUGAUCAUCUUAUUGAUUUUAUUUUUUAGAUGAUCUAGCAGAUGCGUAUGGCUUGUGUACUUUGGUGUUCCUAGUGCAAUGUUGCUGCUUAUGAGAGUUUUCACUUUCCGUCAGCACCUUGAUAUUCUAUCAUGCUGGGAGUUUUUCCUUACAAACUGAUAGAAUUUGAAACAUGUAUCUUAAAACAUAGCAUGAAUGAGAUAGAGAAUGUCUUUGUUUGAGAAAUUAAGAUAAGAAAAAAUAGCUUCCCUUCAUCUGGGAAGUGAGCAGGUGAUGGGUGCCGAUGGGUGUCCUUUCGUUGCUCGAUUGUGAUAUUAGCGGUUACUUAUGAUAAAAGAUGGAGGACACAGUUUAUUCUUUGCAAUACAUGAGGUAACUGUACGUGCUUUCUUAAUAUUAGACGGUGGGUUCGGACAAAGCGAGAUUGCAAAACAUUGUAGUGGACAAUAUUUUCGUUUGAAGCUCAACUGUGUUACUGUAUUCUACAGAAGGAGAAGUCGUUCAUUGUCCUCACGGCGCCGAAAAAGUCGUUCUCCAACUCCACGACGUCAUAAAAGUCGUUCUCCGACUCCAAGACGUCGUAAAAGUCGUUCUCCAAUGCCAAGGCGGAGUAAAAAACAACGAAAGAGGAGUACAUCAUUAUCUCCCUCGAGUUCAUCUCCCAGUACAAGUGCUGGGUCAAAAGAGAUGAAAGAUGCAAGCGAAAAAUUAAGAAAAGAGGAGGAAAAGAAAAGGCGUCAACAGGAGGCAGAAUUAAAAUUAAUAGAAGAAGAAACUGCAAAGAGAGUAGAAGCAGCAAUUCAGAAGCAAGUUGAGGAGAGCUUGAAUUGUGAGGAGAUAGAGCUUGAAAUACAUAAGCGUCUAGAGGAAGGUAGGAAGAAACUUGUUGCUGAAGUUGCAGCCCAAAUUGAAAAAGAAAAGGAAGCUGCUCAUGUCGAAGCUCGGCGGAGAGAGGAACAAGCACGGAGAGAGAAAGAAGAGCUGGAAAGGCUACUUGAAGAGAACAGAAGAAAAAUGGAAGAAGCUCAAAGAAGAGAAGCUUUAGAACAGCAAAGAAGGGAGGAGGAACGCUAUAGAGAACUGGAGGAGCUGCAAAGACAAAAAGAAGAGGCAAUGCGAAGGAAAAAACAACAAGAGGAGGAAGAACGCUCAAAACAAAUGAAAGUAUUAGGCAAGAACAAAUCCCGGCCUAAGGUGUCAUUUGCCCUAGGUUUCAAAUGAUUAUUUACCGCUUCUUUAUUCUGUUUUUCUUCUGUCACUUACUGCGUGCUUGUUUUGUAUAUUCUGGAAAUAAUUCUAUGCUUAAAAACUUGUUAAUGGUGAUCUCAUAUCAUUUGUUAUUUAUCCAACUCGCUCUCGUCUUCUAGAGCUCUAAUAUAUGGCAAUCUUUAUGAGCCCA